GGUUGACCUAAACUUCAUUGCCAUCAAUAGCAUUGUAUCACGUGGCUAAGUUGUUACCAAUGGCUUAUUAAUGUUUUCCAGGUGAGAGUUUAAAACGGCAGUGGUAGUGCCGGCCAGUUAGGCCAGUGGCAGAGAUAUAGCAGUGGCAGCGUUCGGCGGCGUCAUUGCGCGUGCUGGAAUUCUCGUGACUGCGUUCGGAAGUGGCGUUGCGCGUGCUGCAUGCAAGCCUGAAUCGGCAAUUUACGUUGGCAGUUUCACCAGUAUUCUGACCUGUAUCACAGCACCAUGGCUUCUAGAAAGCUCGGUAACCAGCGCAUUCAAGUUUUUGUACGGUGCCGGCCCCCAAACUCGUUGGAGAAACGGAAUGCCUUCAUCAAAGCUGUUGAAGUUGUACCGGAAAGGAAGGUGAUACUCGUAACUGACCGAGUCGUUCCGGAGCGGAGCCUUCGCAAAUCGUUCACGUUUGACAAAGUAUUUGGACCUGAUGCAAAGCAGAUCGAUGUGUACCGGGCAGUCAUGGAGCCUACCAUAGCCGAGGUCAUGAUGGGCUACAACUGCACCGUAUUUGCGUACGGUCAAACAGGUACCGGCAAGACAUUCACUAUGGAAGGUGAAAGAUCAAAUGUGAACCUGUGCUGGGCUGACGACCCCUUGGCUGGUAUCGUCCCACGUGCACUGCAGCAACUGUUUGAAGAGCUUCGGUCCCAGGACCUUGAAUUUACGAUCAAGGUGUCCUUCCUUGAAUUGUACAAUGAGGAACUCUUUGACCUUCUCAGUGCACAUGACGACACGUCAAGGCUGAAAAUCUUCGAGGACUCCUCUCGAAAGGGUUCUGUCAUAAUCCAGGGCCUAGAGGAGAUCACGGUGCACAACCGUGAAGAAGUGUUCUUCAUAUUCCAGAAGGGGGCUGCAAAACGUAAAACUGCGGUUACACUUCUCAACGCGACAUCUUCACGUAGCCAUACCGUCUUCUCGGUUACCGUUCACAUCCGCGAGACAACAGACGAUGGGGAGCAGCUGGUGAAAACCGGCAAGCUCAACCUCGUUGACCUUGCGGGGAGCGAGAACAUCGGCCGCUCUGGUGCAAUUGACAGGAGAGCACGUGAAGCAGGCAACAUCAACCAGUCUCUCCUUACAUUGGGACGUGUCAUAACUGCCUUGGUGGACAAGGGACCACACGUUCCGUACAGGGAAAGCAAGCUGACUCGGCUUUUGCAGGACUCUCUGGGUGGCCGCACAAAGACUUCCAUCAUCGCGACCAUCUCGCCUGGUAUGACCAAUGUGGAGGAGACAUUGAGCACCUUGGACUAUGCUCAUCGUGCCAAGAACAUCACCAACCAUCCAGAAGUGAAUCAAAAGAUGACCAAGCGGGCACUCAUCAAGGCAAGACUGGCCUAUUUUUUGUUUUCUACAAUUUUUUUUAUUCGCAUUUCUCUGUGAACCUGGCUGU